AUGGGCGAAGAGAGUUACCGCGAGGUCCUCAGUUCCGAGCGUGGGAAGAUCCUACCCCAAAACCAUCCUCUUACUCGCAUGGUUGAUGGUGUGCUGCAGCGAUUGAUCCCGCAGGUGGCUAUUGAAGGCGCUGAUUGGAAGGUCCAUGUUAUCAAAGAUGAUGGAAUGGUUAAUGCUUUUGUGCUUCCGGGGGGAAAGGUAUUCGUCUACACUGGUAUAUUGCCCAUUUGUAAAGACGAGGAUGGCUUGGCUGCUGUGCUGGGACAUGAGAUUGCUCAUGUUGUGGCUCAUCACCCUGCAGAACGUAUGAGCAACAGUUUCAUUACUUUGGGAGCUGUGUUCGCUAUUUCUUUCUUGUUCGAUGUUUCCGGGCAGUUUUCUUCUUUCCUGUUGAAUCUCAUGUAUGGCUUGCCGAACUCGCGGACGCAAGAGGCUGAAGCAGACAAUAUCGGUCUAAUGAUGAUGUCUAAAGCCUGUUUUAACCCCGAGGCAGCUGUCAAACUAUGGGCUCGCAUGCAUGAACAGGAGAAACAAGCUCCUCCGCAGUUUAUGUCCACUCACCCAUCGAGUUACAACCGAAUGGAAACCAUUCAAGGAUGGCUCGACAAGGCUGAAGCCAUCUACGAGGAGAAUGGGUGCAGCUCUGUCAAAGGAUACACAACGAGGCAACUGGCGGGCUCCCCCUCGUGCAAACCGAGCAAACCCACCACCGCAGCUCCAAAAAUUGCCCGGCACAACAGCUUCAUCCACUUCCUCACAUUUAACCCAUUUGAUAUCCAGUCGCAUCUCCUUCGGACGCGACCUAAUAUCAUGUCGCUAUCAAUUCCCGGUCCCUCCCAGGCGGGGCUAUUCAAGCCCGGGUACCAGAGUCACGAUGCCGAAGAUGGAGCCGUUAUCCGUAACAUCGAAGCCUGCCAGGCUAUCUCAGGAACCGUCCAGACCUCCCUGGGCCCCUAUGGCCGCAACAAGAUCGUCAUCAACCACCUGCAAAAGAUGAUUUUGACCUCCGACGCGGCCACGAUCCUUCGUGAGUUGGAUGUUGUUCAUCCCGCUGCUAAGCUGCUUGUUAUGGCGAGUCAGCAGCAGGAUGCGGAGAUGGGCGAUGGUACCAACUUGGUUAUCGUGCUGGCCGGUGAAUUGUUGAAGAAGGCAGAGGAGUUGAUCCGCAUGGGUCUCAAGACGAGUGAUAUUGUUUCCGGAUACGAGAAGGCUCAGAACUUUGCCUUGUCGGUUCUAGAGGAGCUCGAGGUCGACAGACUCCAGGAUAUGCGAUCGGCUACAGAAUUGAGCAAGGCUCUCCGCACAGUGGUGGCCUCUAAGCAGUCCGGCACGGAGGAUACCUUGGCUGCGUUGGUUGCGGAGGCGGUUCUGGCUGUGUUGCCCAAGAACCCCCUUAACUUCAACGUCGACAAUGUGCGAGUGGUUAAGAUCAUGGGUGGUAGCUUGGAACAGUCCAAAGUGGUGAGGGGUAUGGUUUUCCCCCGGGAGCCCGAUGGAAUUGUCAAGAAGGCCAGUAAGGCCAAGGUCGGUGUUUUUAGCUGCCCCAUCGAUAUCAGCCAGACCGAGACCAAGGGCACAGUGCUCCUGAAGAACGCCAAGGAGAUGAUGGACUUCACCGCGGGUGAGGAGGAUCGUCUAGAGAUUGCUAUUAAGGAGCUCUACGACUCCGGCCUCCGUGUGGUCGUUGCCGGUUCCACUGUUGGCGACUUGGCCAUGCACUACCUCAACCGUUUCAAUAUUCUGGUUAUUAAGAUUCUGUCUAAGUUCGAGCUCCGCCGCUUGUGUCGCGUGGUCGGUGCCACACCUCUGGCUCGCCUGGGUGCUCCCAUGCCCGAUGAGAUGGGCCAGGUCGAUGUUGUCGAGACCACCGAGAUUGGCGGUGACCGAGUCACCGUCUUCCGCCAGGAGGAUGCCAACGCCAUUACCCGCACAGCAACCAUUGUCCUGCGCGGUGCUACUCAGAACCACCUGGAGGACGUCGAGCGUGCCAUCGACGACGGCGUCAACGUCGUCAAGGCCAUCACCAAGGACCCCCGUCUCGUGCCCGGUGCCGGUGCCACGGAGAUCGAGCUCGUGGAGCGCAUCUCCAACUUUGCCGACCGAACCCCCGGUCUGCCCCAGUACGCCAUCCGCAAGUUCGCCGAGGCCUUCGAGGUCGUUCCCCGCACUCUUGCCGAGUCUGCCGGUCUCGAUGCCACCGAGGUUCUCUCGCGUCUGUACACCGCACACCACCGUACCACGGCUCCUGGCGAGUCAUCUUCUGUAAACGAGGAGGGCAGCUCGUCUGAAGAGGAGGAACCAUACUGGACUACAGGUGUGGAUCUUGAGAUUGGCGACUCCGACGGUACUCUGGACACUGUCGAGGAGGGCAUUCUGGAUCUUAUGGCUACAAAGAUGUCUGCGAUCCGUCUGGCCAGUGAGUCUGCCCGGACAGUGCUGAGUGUCGACCAGAUCAUUGUCUCGAGACAGGCAGGUGGUCCCAAGCCUCCGAAGGGUGGAGGUGACUGGGACCAGGACUAG